AACAGUGGUGGACCUAAAGGACAUACAAAUGCUCACCAAGUUACAUGAGGGCAAUGGGUUCAAUGAUGAGACUCCACCGGACAUUCCCACCCAACCUCAUUACUCACAUGAUACUGAUAGUGAUAGUGAAAAUGAGAACCCAAUGCCUCGUUAUGAGAACCCAAUGCCUCAUUAUGAUAGUGAUGAUUCGAGGUGAGGGUCCUUUAUGCCUUUAUGCUUAGUAUCUAUUUUUCCAUAUGCUUCUUAUACUUAGUAUUUAUUUUUCAAUAUGCUUCUUAUGCUUAGUAUCUAUUUUUCAAUAUGCUUCUUAUGCUUAGUAUCUAUUUUUCAAUAUGCUUCUUAUGCUUAGUAUCUAUUUUUCAAUAUGCUUCUUAUGCUUAGUAUCUAUUUUUUGCUUAGUGUCUACAUUUUAUUAAGGCAUGAAUGCUUACUUGUUUACUCUUUGUCAAUGCAGGUGAUUGAUCAAUAUGAGCGGAAGCAAGCAAUCCAUGAACUCCAUUUUGAAGAGUAUGAGCCAACAGAAGUUCACCGGGACCACUAGAAGUGGAAGACCAACGCGUGCCAGCUCGCGUUACGCGGACGAUGACACGGGUGGAGUUGGAGGUGGAGGUGUAGGUGGAGGUGGAGGACGUGGUGGAGGUGGAGGACGAGGUGGAGGUGGAGGACGAGCUGGAGGACGAGGCGGAGGCGGAGGUGGAGGACGAGGACGAGGUGGAGGUGGAGGACGAGGACGAGGUGGAGGUGGACCUUUCCUUGGUGACAUACCCUCUGCUUCUGGCGACGUGGCUUCCCAGUCCGCUCACACACAGUCUACUGAGGGGGAGAUGGAGGUGGAGAUGGAGGUGGAGGGGCAGGACGAGGAGGCGGAGAGGGAGAUGGCGCCGAAGAAGUUGCGCAUUCGUGGUGAAGCGCAAGUCCCUGAUGAGAGGAGGGAGCCUACUAGCCAGGAUGCGAAAGCCCUCAUCAUCCCGAACGAAAAAGACAAUUGGACAUAUGACAAGGGGGUUCGCCAGCCGUCGAGCAUGAUUGGAGCUCUUAUUAGGCAGUACUGGCCGGGCUUUUACACUCCGGUCCCCGGCGGCGAGAAGAAGCUAGCCGAGACUUGGGCGGACUAUGAGGCAGCUCCUUGCCCGGGCUUUGGGACAGCUUCUGACGCCGUGUACACCAAGUUUUGGACCCAUUAUAAGGUGCCUGAUGAUAUGGUUGAGCUAGGGAGGGCGGUACUGACUAGGGCUUGUCAGAGGUUGACAAGGCAACAGUGGUACAAUCAGAAGCAUACCUGCAUCGGGCACUUCAAGGCUGAGCAGGGCACGAGGGUCAAGAAAGCUGACAAUAUCAGGGACGAUCCUCAGAUGACAAAGGAAGAUUACUUCAAGGUUAUGCCCCUAUGGUGCGAGAAUAAGGAAGACGCAUUUGAGGCCUUGGUAGCGAGGUGGGUUGGCGAAGACGCCGACUUCAACGCCAAGAGCGCGCGCAACAAGGCAAACCGGGGCACUGGAGGAACACACAGUGCGGGAAGCCGCAGCACUGAGCGCUACAGGAAGCACAAGGAGGCGGAACUCGGGGAGCCUCUCACCGAGGUGGGAGGGUGGCAGAAGAUGAAGCUGAAGCAGCCCGAUCUGAGCCAGCCUCAGCCCUCGCUGCCCGAGUACUUCGGCUAUGCCGAAGAGGAGUUGGAGAAGUACUGCUCGGUGUUCAAGGGUCUUCAUCCGGAGGUGGAUGAUCCUAUUGAGCAGGAGACCGACUUGACGGCGAUUAUGGUGGCGGGGAGCGGCGCGGAGCAUGGCCGCACGAAGCUUCUUAGUGGGGUGAUCAAGCCGCAGAGGACCCUCACGCAGAUCAGGUCUACCCUCACCACCGGCGACCCACCGGUCGCGCCUCCUCGACACCGUCGUACGGAUGCUCACUUUGAGGCCGCCUACGCGGCCGCUUAUGAGAAGUAUUUGACGGUUGUAGCAGAGUGGGACCUCAAGAGAGCGGCUUGGGAAGAGUACCAGGAGGCGACGAGUCGUGUAAGUUCCAAUCUUUUAUGGUUCGAAGACAUGACAAGUCCCACCUCCCCUUUUUUUAUAUCUGCGGCGCUUGACAUCUAAACUAUCUUGCAGGCGGUCAGGACGUUCUUCCGGACUGGAGAGAGGAUCGCACUUCCGGCCGAGGAGCCAGCUAGGCCGGGGCCGACUCCAGUGUGCCCAUCGAGGGAAGCUUUCGCGGCCACAUACUACGCACGGACUCCGGUAAGUCCUGUGCCUAACCAGUUCUCACCGCUUUCCUUUCCCAUGUGUA